CAGUGGUGUUUUAUUUGGCGUUUGGCGCCAAAACUCCUCCCAGCUCUUUGUUUAUGUAGUUUAGCAGUAACCGUGCGAGUUCUGAGGCAUCGAAAAGAUAUAUUAAUUAAUUUGGAAAAAUGUCGGAUAUACGUACAUUGGGCAAACGAUUAGUACAACGCGUCGGACAAGAAGCGAUUGUACUCGGCAGAAUUACAGGAAAAAGUUCAGAUGGCAAGAGCGCAGAGAUAACAACAACGGAUGAUGCUCGAAUUAAUGUAACUUUCCCAGAAUUUCUCGACGACGAUGCGUCAGGUUACGUGGAAAUACGUGGUACUGUAAAGUCAAAGUCUACUAUGUCAUGCAGCAACUUUGUAUUGUUUCCUUUAAACAUGACAAAGGAUUUUGAUGUAAAUGGUUAUAAUACCAUGAUGAAUAUGCGCUGUGCAGUGGGUAAUCAAUUGGAAGGAGUGUUUUAUAAGGAUUAACAGAGAAUAAGAAAAAUUAAUAAUAUAUGUAAAUUGUUUACUGUUUCAUAUUUUCUUUACAUUCUAUUAGCUAUUAUGGCGUAUGUUUUUGUAAAAUUAUAUAUGCCA